UAGGGCUCGGCAGGGUCACCUCGUCGGUCAUUUCCUCCAUCCGCCAUACUCUGUGUCUCGGCCGCCGUGCUCCUCCCUCCAUCCGCCGCUCCUCGUCUUUUCAUCAUCUCCACUGUCGAUCUCCCUGCUUCUGUACCGUGCUCAUCCUGGUCACCGUUCUCUUUCCUCAGCUGUGCUUCUUCUUCACCAUGGCUGCUCGCCUCCUUCCUGCUUCUCCGCCGCCAUGGGUGUCUCUAUCUUCUUCCUUUGAAGUUGACCAUAGCUUGAGUUCCCUCCUCCUUGCCAUAGCCCCUUCUCUCCGAGUCUCUUCCUCGUGAAGUACAGACCUCUGUUCAUUCUCACCACUGUGCUCCUUGUGUCCGCCAUUGCCUGACUUUCGUAAAAUUCAACCUGAAUAGCGCUGCUGGAGGGAGAAAAAAAUGAGAAACUGAGAAUUUUUCAAUCAAGGGCUCAUAUUGAUUUGCCUGAUGGAAUGGUUUAGAUUUUGUUUCAAGAAACGAAACGGUGUGUUUAAAUCAGUGGAGAGAAGGACAGAGAGAAGCCGACUCCGCUUUUCACUGAUAAGCUCCCAGUUUCUCGUUUCUCUGCCUUGUGAUUCUGCUUGAAAAAGUCGUUGUUUCCUCAUGUUGCCUAGUCCUAAAGACUUCAAUUGUCAUCGAUGUGCAGAAAAUAUGGAUUCCUCAAAAAUUUCAUUCCUUCUCCAUCUACCCUUGGCAUUGUUCUGCCCAUUCCCUAUGGUAAGCGUUUCGUCAAAGGUAUGCAUUCCCUUCAUCAGCACAGACACAACAGACCCUUUAAUCCAUUUGCCAGGAAAAAUUUCAACCCCAUGAAACUAGUUAAGAAGGACGUUACUGGUGUGAGAGUGUAUACAAGGGAUAUCAUUUGGAAAAUACACAGAAUUCUUAAGUAUUCGACUUGGGAUUCUGCUCGAGAAGAGCUCGAAAAGCUUCCCAUAAGAUGGGAUUCUUUCGCAGUCAAUCAAGUCCUGAAAACCCACCCACCUAUGGAGAAAGCUUGGUUGUUUUUCAAUUGGGCUUCUCGGCUAAGAGGGUUCAAGCAUGACCAGUAUACUUAUACAACCAUGUUGGAUAUUUUCGGAGAAGCUGGGAGAAUUUCAUCCAUGAAAUAUAUUUUUCAGCAGAUGCAAGAGAAGGGGAUAAAGAUUGAUUCUGUUACUUACACUUCGCUUAUGCAUUGGCUGUCGAACUCAGGAAAUAUCGACGAGGCAAUAAAAGUUUGGGAAGAAAUGAACUCUCAGAGGCGUAGCCCUACUGUUGUUUCUUAUACUGCAUACAUGAAGAUUCUCUUCAAUCAUGACAGAGUAAAGGAGGCUUCUGAUGUCUUCAAGGAGAUGCUUCAGUCUGAAUGUAGUCCAAAUUGUUUCACUUACACAAUCUUGAUGGAGCAUCUCAUUAAUUCUGAAAAAUGUGAAGAAGCCCUUGAGAUUUUUGAGCAGAUGCAAGAGGCAGGGGUGCAACCUGAUAAAGCUGCAUGCAAUAUAUUGAUUGAGAAGUGUUCUAAAGUUGGUGGGACUGCAGCCAUAAACCGAAUUCUUCAGUAUAUGAAGGAAAACUGUCUUGUUCUUCGUCACCCUGUUUUUAUGGGAGCAUUAGAGGCUUUGAAACUUGCUGGUGAGAGUGACGCCCUUCUCAGGCAAGUUCAUCCUCACUUUUUUGUUGACUAUAACUCCAUAAAGGAAGCAAAUGACUGCACAAAAGUUGCUGUAGAUGCUUCUUUUGAUAUCGAUGAAAGGCUUUUGUUUGAUUUAUUGGGAAAGGGAAAUAUGAUUGCUGUUGACCAUUUACUUUUAGGGACAACAGAUAAGAAAAUACUGUUAAAUCACGAGGUUUUAUCAACUAUCGUUGAUGUUAAUUGUAGUCAGUGCAGGCCUGAUGGGGCUUUAUUGGCUUUUGAAUACGGUGUGAAAAUGGGUAUAAGUAUGGAAAGAACUAAAUAUCUUGCCUUGAUAGGCUUGAUGAUCAGAUCGAAUCUGUUUUCGAGGAUCCUGGAAGUUGUGGAGGAAAUGUCUAAAGCUGGGCAUUCUCUUGGAAUCUAUUUAGCUUCUCUUAUAAUUUAUAGGCUUGGUCGUGCUAGGCAGCCCACAUUUGCUGCAAAGAUCUUCAGCAUAUUACCUGAUAACCAUAAGUGUACUGCCACCUACACUGCCUUAAUUAGUGCUUACUUCUCUGCUGGAAGAGUUAAUAAGGCUCUUGGGAUCUAUAGGAUCAUGCGUGAAGAAGGAGCUUCUCCCACGUUAGGCACUUAUAAUGUGCUACUUGCAGGUUUGGAAAGAAAGGGUAGAUCUUCUGAAGCAGAUUUCUUUAGGAAGGAAAGGAAGAGCCUCCUUACUAAAUGGAAUUCUCAAGGAAGUGUUUGUUUAAAGGAAAAGAUAUGUGACCUUUUGUUUGCUGGGGAUGUAUGUUGAUACACCAAAGGUUCUCAAUGUGAUGACCAGCUGAGAGAUAUAGCUGCUGGCUAGUGGAAAUAUGCCAGUCUGGCUGCAUGGCAGAUGCUGCUCUCCUUUCAAGGAAAAUGAAUAGUUUGAUCUAUCGAAUUAUUUUAUAGAUGACAUCAAGGCAUAAUUGUCAUAUGUAUGUCUCUGCAACAUUUAGCAGCAAGAGCCUGGAAAUUGGAACAGAAAUGAUGAACUUGAGCAUUGUCUUCCAGAAAUCAACUAUUUUUUGCAUAAAUCAAUGAGAAUUAUGGUCUGUGGGACAUGCUCAUAGCUUUGAUGACCCUUUCAAAGGCAAGAUGUGGUGUGGCAGCUGUAUGCAUCCUGAAGAAUGCCCCAAAUUGAUAUUUAAAACAGGUGAUAAAUUCUGAUGCAUUUUGUUUUUGGGGCUUCUUCAAUUUCUGCAGAUACUUCAAAGCAAUUAUUACCUUUUGCCGGCAAAAUGAUAAUCAUAAGGCGGAGAAGCUGCAUGAAAUGACUACUGGUUGCUGGAGACCUUGUAAAAUGAUACAUAAAGGUGAGAUACUUCAGUUCCCAUUUAAGUAGCGCUCCUAAAUGCAGAAAUUGCAAGAAAGGCAAGGAUAUUCUUGUUUCUGCUGGGUUGAGGAUGUGUUACGCAAUGGCCUCAUUAUUGCUGAAGAAUUUAUUUUCACUUCAUUUCUUUGCCA